AUGGCUCCCGUUUCCUACAAUGGCCCCCAUGCCGAUGAACUGGCGCAACUGUUUGUCACCUUCUGCUCCUUCGGAAGCAGCAAGCGAGUGGAGGAGAUGGACGGGGCCAAGUUCGCCAAAUUUUGCCGCGACACCAAGAUUGUGGACAAGAAGUUUACCACCACCGAUGUGGACCUGACGUACGCCAAGGCCAAAGCCAAGGGUGCCCGCAAGAUCGACUACGUGCAGUUCGUCAAGGCGCUCGAGUUGGUGGCCGAAAAGAAGGCCGCCUCGCUGGACGACAUCGUGGCCAAGGCCGUCGCGGCAGGGGGGCCCUCCUCCUCAGGCACUGUAAGGAACAGCCAGAAGGAAACGAACUAG